AUGGGUAGUUUCCCAGAGGACUAUCAUGUUGAGACUUGGAGAUUGAUUCAAUUAUGGAUCGCAGAAGGUUUUAUAAGGAGGCCUGGAAGUGAUAAAAGCUUGGCUGAAGUGGCAGAAGAUUAUCUAGAGGAUCUUAUCAGCAGGAAUUUGAUAAUGGUUAGAAAAAAGAGAUUCAAUGGUGAGAUAAAAGCAUAUGGAAUGCAUGAUCUACUGCGUGAAUUCUGUUUGACAGAAGUUGAACUGACAAAGUUUAUGUAUAUUGAGACAACUAACAUAGCCCCUACUGUUUCUACACAGAGGCAUUUCAGUUUUCAAAAAAAUUACGGUUAUUCAGUUAUUCAUCUUUGUGAUCUGUUACCAUCAGUUGCCAGAUCUAUCUACUUAUUUCCUGACUUUAUGUUCAGAGUAAACCUUGAAGCUUUCUCCCAUUUCAAGCUUCUCAGGGUAUUGGCAGUAUUUGAUGAAUAUAAAUGUUUUCGUUCAUUUCCACUUGUAAUUACAAGAUUAUGUCAUCUGAGAUAUCUCCAAAUUCGAUGUUAUGACAAUCCUCCUGCAUCAAUCGCAGAGCUUCAGAAUUUGCAAACUUUAAUAUAUGGGAGAGAACGUUGUUAUACAACUUUACCAGAGAAGAUAUGGAUGAUGAAGAACUUGAGGUGUAUACAAAUAAGGAAAGCCUGCUAUUUACCUAGUCCUGGAAGAAAAAGUAUCCUAAAUAAGCAUCUCGUGAUAGGGAUGCCAAAUGUAGAGGAACUUUCUAAUCUCUCGUUGUCCAGUUGUACAAAUGAAAUCUUUUCUAACAUUCCCAAUGUAAAGAGAUUGAUCAUCCAAAAUACAGCUAUAUUGAGAACCGGGGAUAGGGCCAAUGACCUUAUUGAUAUUUCCAGCUUAACAAAACUCGAAGCAUUGAAGUGUGUCAAAUAUUUAUCUUUGUCUGUGCAACCACUGAUCUCCAUCAGGUCUUUACCAACAUCACUCAAGAGGUUGACUUUAGCUGGCUGGCAUUAUUUUCCUUGGAAAGAUAUAUCAACUCUUGUUAUGUUGCCAAAUCUUGAAGAGCUCAAACUUAAAAAUCGUGCAGCCAAUGGUUAUGUAUGGAGAUUGAAUGAUGAAGACAAAUUCCAAAGCCUAGAGUUUUUGUUAUUUUGCGACAUAAAUCUUGAGCAUUGGGAAGCUAGCAGUGAUAACUUCCCAAAUCUAAAACGCCUUGUUCUGAAGGAAUGCAAAAAACUUAAGGAAAUUCCAAUAGAUUUUGGAGAAAUUUGUAGUUUGGAGUCAAUCGAGUUACAUAAUUGCAGUACUCUUGCUGAGGAUUCUGCAAGAAAGAUUGAACAAGAACAAGAGGACAUGGGUAACAAUUGCCUUAAGGGGAUUGAUGCUUAUUUUGAGGGACAAUCUGACAGUAUAAGUUUGUUUGAAGGUAGGUUCUCUCUGAAAGAUAGACUCGGAUAG